CAUGCCUGUGCAACUUCACGCUCCACUAUGAGGUGGUGUCGUGGGGCAACAUCAUGCUGUCAGGGAUGCAGCCUGGAAAUAUUACUUUGGAGAGGAGCCGGAGGGCUGCCCCCUGGCCUUUGCCUACAGGCAGCAGGACCAUCCGCAUCACCCACGUUGCAGCCCCAACACAUCCCACGCCCGCUCCAGAGACCUGCAUGACCUCUGUCCGCUUCCGGAUCACCCCCAGCAUGGUGCCGCUGGGCCGCCUUCUGGUUUACUAUGUCCGAGAGAAUGGCGAAGGGGUUGCUGACAGCCUCCAGUUUGCUGUUCAGCCCUCCUUUGAGAAUCAGGUUUCGGUGGCAUUUUCAGCCAACGAGACCCAACCGGGCGACUCCAUAGCCAUUAAGGUACGAGCCACAAAGGGCAGUUGCGUCUGUUUGGCUGCAGUGGAUAAAAGCGUUUACCUCCUCAAGCCGGGCUUCCAACUGGACUCUGCCAAGGCAAGUGACCUUUUCUUGUGGGGGAAGAUCUGGGUUAAUGUGGGGGGAGCGGGGGGCUGAGAUUUUUGUACUCCCAAAGGACUGGGCCAAAUAGGCAGAGGGUCCAAAUUUUAGCAAGAAAAUGGACCAGACCUUGAAGGACCCACUGGUUUCCACAUUCAUCAAGUAGCCAACUGGUGUUCCUUGGAAUCCCAUAGGCAAAUGCAAUGGGCCCAAGGCUUU